AUGUCGAUCGAAAUCAUCGACGACGCGGGGCUCUCGUCCUCGACACGGACCUGCCGGACGUGCGGGCAGCUCGGCCACUAUGCGAGGAACUGCCCAUCCAAGCCGCCUGAGACGCGCGAAUGCCGCAUCUGCGGCGAGGUCGGCCACUUGCAGCGGUUCUGCCCCAAUAACCCCAGCGGCGAGGUCAAACCUGGCAAGCCGGGCAGGCGCAACGGCGGCGCUACGGGGCGGCGCUGCUUCAACUGCGGCAAGCCGGGCCACCUCUCGGCGGACUGCGAGUUGCCGCCUGGAAACACCGCGUGCUACAACUGCGGCAAGCCAGGUGCGGCGCACUCUCUGCGCCCGUAUGCCCGUGGCCAUCGGCACUCGGACACCGCGGCUUGA